AUGCGCAGCACCGUGACGCGCAUCAUCGAGACCUUCAACGCCCCAGAAUCCACGGUCAAAACGGCCUGGGAGGACACAGAAGCCAAAUUGCAAACGGCCCUUCCGAACGACUACAAAGAAUUGAUAGACCGGAUGGGCGGUGGCUAUAUUGAAGAGUACAUGCACAUCCUUGAGCCAAACUGCCGUAACAAGCACUACGACCUGGUGGACAUGACCGACGAACGGACAGAAGCGAACGAAAUGAUGUGGGACAUUGAGGAAAAGCCUCCGGAACUGCAGAUCGAAGGCUGCUUCGUCAUCCCCUGGGCGACGACGGACAACGGCGAGUAUCUGUUCUGGCGUUGCCUCCCUGGGCAGCAUCCCGACGAGUGGACAGUCCUUGUGAACCAGGGUCGGGACUGGACCUGGGAGCACCACGACAUGAACUGCACCGAGUUUCUCUUCGCAACCCUGACAAAGGAGAUUCGCUCGAAGAUUCUGUAUGAUGAUUUCCCCCUCGCCCGUCACGUCUUCGCGCGUUUCACCCCCAAGGAAUUCACCAGGCCGAGGGGAACAUUGAGAGAAAGAUUCGCUCGGAGAUCCUGA